UAAUGAGCACCAGGAAGCGCCCGAAUGAGAGUCUGCAGUGUGUGGAGGAUUUUAAAACCCCUGAAAAGAAGCGGGGUGCAGCGGGACACAGAUGGAAAGAGGAUUCGGACUACGCGCACUGGAACACGGAUCAGAUCUGCUCUUACCUCCGCCACCUCGGACUGGAGCGGUGGGAAACUCAAUUCAGAGAGCAGAAAAUAACAGGAGUUGGACUGCGUUAUCUCACUGAUUUACAGCUGGAGAAGAUGGGAAUUGAGCCGCUGGGUUCCAGGCUGGAGAUCCUCCACAGUUUCCAGAAGCUCUGGCAGCUCUCCUCAGAGAAGAUGAAGGUCUUUAACGACUCCAUCCACGGUCACAUCGAGCUUCAUCCUCUGCUGGUGCGCAUCAUCGACACCCCUCAGUUCCAGAGACUGCACCACAUCAAACAGCUCGGGGGAACGUACCUGGUGUUUCCUGGAGCUGCUCACAACCGCUUCGAACACUCCCUAGGUGUGGGGUAUUUAGCCGGCUGUCUGAUCCAGGCUCUGAACGAGAGACAACCGGAGCUGCUCAUCACCAAUCAGGAUAUCCUGUGUGUACAAAUAGCCGGCCUGUGCCACGACCUAGGUCAUGGUCCGUUCUCCCACAUGUUCGAUGGCAUGUUCAUCCCAAAAGUCCGACCUGGACUACAGUGGAAGCACGAGAACGCCUCUGUGGAGAUGUUCGAUCAUCUGGUGCAGGCCAAUAAUCUGGAGCAUGUCAUGAUGGAGUACGGCCUCUCUCUCCCCGACGACCUCGUCUUCAUUAAAGAGCAGAUCGCCGGGCCCCUCGACCCCAAAACCUCGGAUAAUAAGUGGCCGUAUAAGGGCAGAUCAGAGAAUAAAUCCUUCCUGUACGAGAUCGUAGCCAAUAAGAGAACCGGGAUCGACGUGGAUAAGUGGGAUUACUUCGCCAGGGACUGCUACCACCUCGGCAUCCAGAACAAUUUCGACUACCGGCGCUUCCUCAAGUUCGCCCGGGUGUGUGACGUGAAGGGCAAGAAGCACAUCUGCACCCGGGAUAAGGAAGUGGGUGAUUUAUACGACAUGUUUCAUAUGAGGAACUGCCUGCACCGCCGAGCCUACCAGCACAAAGUGGGCACCAUCAUCGAGAUCAUGAUUACCGAAGCGCUGGUGAAAGCCGACCCUCACGUGAAGAUCGAGGUUUCGUCAGGGAGGACGUUCAGGAUCUCGGAAGCUAUCGAGGACAUGGAGGCGUACACCAAGCUCACAGAUCACAUCUACGAGCAGAUCCUGUACUCGUCCUCGCCGGAGCUGUCCGAGUCCCGAUCCAUCCUCAACGACAUCAUCUGCAGACGCCUGUACAAGUGCGUGGGUCAGACCACGUCCGAGUUUCACCUGGACGUCUCUCAGGCGGUGCUGGAGGAAUGGUCUCGCGAGGUCUCCGAGUGUAAACCUGAAGGGACUGAGGUCGAUCUCCAGCCUGAGGACUUCGUGGUGAAGGUGAUUCAGUUGGAUUACGGUAUGAAGGAGAAAAACCCCGUCAACAACGUCUACUUCUACUGCAAGAACGAUCCCACCAAAGCCAUCAAAAUCCGCAAGAACCAGGUAUCGAAGUUGCUGCCGGAGAAAUUUACGGAGCAGCUGAUCAGAGUUUACUGCAAAAAAACCGAGGAGAGGAACCUGCAGGCGGCCAAGAAAUACUUCGUACAGUGGUGCAUCAACCGCAACUUCUCCAAACCCCAGGAUGGUGACGUUACCGCCCCUGAACUCACCCCAUUAAAAGAAGACUGGCAGGUUGUUGGAGACGAUGAUGAUGAUGAUGAAGGCGGUGAUGAAGGUCUCCGAAACAGAAAGCCACCAGGUCACGGAGGAACGCACGUAAAGUCGAACCUGUUCCACUCGCCCGCAGAGAAACGGAGAAAGUUUUAGCACCCCUGCGGCGAGCGGGAUGGAAAAUCACGUGCUGUUUGUUUUCACCAGCAGGGGGCGACAAGAAUAAUCCUCUUACUGGCAGUGAACGUGUUUUAUUACGCUUUAAUUCCUCACAUAGUCACACUAAGAUGCUGAUUGCUUCAUUUUAUAAUAUAUUUAUAUUAUUAAUAUCAUUAUAUAUAUUAUUAAUAUAUAUUUAAUUGCUUAUAUUCCGCUUAAUUCAUUUCAUGACCGUAGAUGCAUCGCAUGAGCGGCGCUGAAUAUGAUCACUGUUUUAUGAGAGCUGAGAGCGAACUGCAGAUUAAAAUGUAAACAAAUCUGUUGCUCAAGGGUCCAACGGUGCCGUUGGGGUGCUGGUGGGGCUCAAACCCUUUUUAAUUUUCUGAUUACUAGUCCAGGUAUAAUAAUAGUAUAAUAAUAAUAACAGUUCACUGCCUGUAAGAGGAGACGUUCAGUACUGGUGUAAAACCUGCAGCAUUUUAAAUUCUUUUAUCUUCAAAGCUUUUUUAUUUUUGUGCAUUUUUUAUACACAAAAGUGUUUUUGAAUUCCAGAGAGUUUGAUCAUGACACUGAUUACGUCGCUGUUUCCAUCAUGUUUAUCAUUUAUUAUUAUGUGAAAGCGCAUUAACCAGGGUGGAGAGGAGAACAGGUUAAAUUUCAUCAUUCGGUCACAAACCUGCAUCACUGCCGCUUCUGAUACUCUUAUUUUAUUCAUAAAUAAUCCAUAUUGUUUUAUUUUUGUUUGCUAGCGCUUCAGAUUUGUAGAUAAAUGGGCGAUAAGUGUAAACAGGUGAGACGUCCGUGUCCUGUAGUGUGACAAAUCCUCACACUGAACUAAUUUAGUCCAAAACCCUUCAUAAAGUGUAUUUAAUACUUCAGCAAUCAUGAGAGCAAAUUCAGUUUUGUGUCACUGCAACAGAAGUAUUUAGACACUGCUCCUAAAGACUGACACACCCGUUCCUAUCAGAUAUAUAAAAUAGAUUAUACACCUUAAAAUAUGUGUGUAAAGUUUGGGAACGUCUCGAUCUCCCUUUGCUCCAGUAUGCCUGUUUGAUCGAGCACAAAACCAGCCCAACAAGCUCUACAGAAAACCACUGGGAUGAAUUGGAAUGCUGAUUGAGAGGAAGGCUGUCCUUGCCUUAACUUAGCUGAGACAUUUAUCCAAAGUGACUUACAGUACUGUGACAGUAUAUUGUCUAACCAACUGAGACUUAGGGGGCCUUGUUCAAGGGCCCAACAGUGGCAACCUGGCAGUAGUGGGGCUUGAACAAGCGACCUUUCGAUUACUAAUCCAGUACCUUAGCCACUAAGCUACACCUGCCCUUAAACAGAGGUCAGAACGAACGCUGGUCAGUGAUGCAACAUGAUGGUUUGUGAGUGACUGAUUAACACCAACACAGAUACCCAAAUGUACCAAAUCAGGGCGUGUCCACUAAUCUACCUACGACAUCAUGAUCCAAAAUCACACAAUCAUACACGCGCGGUCAGGGUGUGUUUAUUUAUUACGGGUGAACCAUGUUCACUUCUUUAUUUUCAUUAUAAACCGUCAUUUCAUCCACGACCAGAGUUCAGCUGUUAUUAUUCAAUCACUCAGAAUCAGGAUCAGAAUUCUUUGUUUUGGUUUUUUGGUGUGUGGUGUUGUUUUGGUGCUGCUUUGGCUCGACGUGGGAUCUCGUGAAUGCGCUGGUGAAUUUAUUUUUACUGAAAACGCUGCUUUUUGUUUAAACAUAAAAGAAAAUUAUUUUUA